CAUGAUAGUUAUAAAAUCCAAUAUAUAGUAAUUAACGUGAAAAGAUUUACAUUAAACAUCAAGGAAAUGCAUCCCAAAUACAUGUAAUAAUGAAUCUUUGCUGUAGCUGCUUUUUCUUACCAACCUUCCAUUUUUUUUGUGCUCUUGGCAUACUUGUUUGCAUAUUUGUACUUUCAGCCCAUGGCUACAAGAGUCAAGGAAGGCGUCCACCUGAAGGAGAAGAGCGUCUCAGCUCCUUCAACCCCUGGAAGGACUUUUCUCUCUGAUGGGGGACAAACGACUGCAGACUCCCCCAAUAGAGACAUCCCCGCGGCGCAAGAAAAGCGUGUGCCCAACUAUCUCAAGCCAACGGUAAGUUCGUGUCAUGACACCUCCCGCCGAUACCGCAAGAGUCAGCAACAGCAUCCUGAGGAUCCCGCGACAGCCGCCAGCUCUAGGAAACGCCUUAUCUCUUCAAAGUCCAUGGAGAAGCCUGUCUCACCAUCAUCCCUCCCUCAUAAAAUCUCCAAAGAGAAGACACCAAGGAGCGGCUUGUCGCUGAAACCUGCCCUUUCUCCGAAGAUUGUCCCAGAGAGAGCAUCAAAGGUUCCUACAAGUGGGAAGACUCUCAAAAAAGCAAAAAGUUUCCCAAAGAGCAUGCUAAGGAGAAGAGAAGUCAAUGGCAUCACUUCCACCACCACUGCGAUCAAACGAGAGCAAGAAGACAAGGUUCUCCCCAUGGACAAUGGGGUGCAAUGGCAUGCUGCCCGACAUGGAUCACGGUCCCCAAAGAGCAACAGUGAAGGCAAGCAAUGGACAACUUCAGAGGAGAAUGAUACUGGGAAGCCAGGAGCUCCUCGAGUGAAGGUGACAAAGAAGGUCAGCGGCAAUGGAGUGCCAAGGAAGCUGAAGUUCCAACAAGGGAGGGAACUGGAAGGUGAGGGAAAGGAGGCAGUGGGUGAAAGGUUGAAGUCUAAGCGAAGUGGUGGGGGGGUGGAGGUGAAAGGAGAGGGGAAGACGGAGAAAGCGAACUUGGUGUUGAAGUGGCAGGAGGUUAAAGAGAAGGAUGCGCCACCUGCCUCCAAUGAUGUUAUGGAAGAGACAGCGACCAAGCUGGCAACGAGGAGAAGCAAUGUCAAAGCGCUUGUGGGGGCAUUCGAGUCCGUUAUCUCACUUCAAGAGCCGGAAAGUCAACCGAGUCAACAGCAGGAGGAGGUGGUGGCGAAAGUUGGAAGAGACGGUCAACCAAGUCAACCAAAGCCAGAGAAGGCGGCCAAGAGUGGGGAGGAGGGUGCUGCAAGAGGUCAAGCAGGUCGAGUGAAGCCAGAGAAAGAGGUCGAGGGUGGGGAAGAGGGUGCUAAAGAAGGUCAACCAGAUAAACAGCAACCAAAGAAGGAGUCAAAGGGUGGUCAUUUGGGUCAAGAGAGUCGACAGAAGGAGACGAAGGGUGAGGAAGAGAAUGGUAUCGAAGAGGAGUCAAAGGGUGGUCAGUCUGGUCGAGAAAGUCAGCAACCGGGGACCGAGGAAGAGGAAAGCAAGGGAGAGGAGGGUGAUAGGGUGGCGGAGGAGGACGUUAUAGCAAUGUGAGAGAAGAGGGGAUGCUGAGAGGAUGAAGGAGGGGGUGCCAAGGAUUAUUAUGACAGUAUGCCCCACAACUGUGAAAGGGGAAAAAGAAAUAUCCAUGAUCCAAGCGAACAAAUCAGUCAUCAAUUGUGCUAAAAUACAUCCAACAUAUAUACUUCCAUAUGUGUGUAGCAUUGAACGUUAUCUAAAAUGAGACACCAAUGGAUGCUCAGAGUUGAUGCCAAAUUAUGUAAGAUCAUUCUCAUACCAUUCCAUUUACUAAUGGGUCAUAAGAUGUAUGAAUUGAAUUGAAGUUUUCUUAGAACAAGAAUUGGGUUGAAGGUACUACGGCAUAAUUACACAAUCAAUAUAUUGCUGAAACAUGGAAAAUUUCACAAAGUAGCAAGAAGAAGGUCUUGUGUACUUGAUGAUGUUGGCAAUAAAGUGUCCAAGCAUCGCAUUUGAAAAACAAUGAGAUCUAAAUUGGAAAAGGUCAGGCUUGGCUAUAGGGGGAGUCAAUUAGCAAUGGAAUUAAUUGCAUGUAAACUAAUUAAUCUAAGAACAUGACUAAUUUUAAUUCCAGUCAAAAACAGAGGAUAGAGAGCGCAUGAGCUUUCAUUCUGCUUCUGAAGCUUCAACUAAGAAGAAGUCAGCACACCCUACAAUUUUGUAGCAGCAUCUCACCCUGUUGGAUCUCCCUGCAGGCGCUAUGCAAAAGCUAGCCCGUCGGGUAGCUCCGUGGUAGAGCAGUUGGCUAUUAACUAAUUGAUUGUAAGUUCGAAUUCUACUUGAAGAAAUUUAAUUAAUUCUUAAUUAAAGAAUACAAAAUUGAAUUAAAAGACUCGUUUUGACCGUUAGGAGUAGGUAACCUUUCUAUCGUUGUUUCUAUUACAUUCUAUCUCACCAUAGAACAGAAGACAUUCUGUUCUAUAAUUCUUGAAAAUCGCCGGCAUAGAUCCGGGAUAUAGAGCCGCCCGCCGUCAUCAUCCUUUCCUUCCAUAAAAUCUCAUUUUUGAAAAAAAAUCUAUCACGGAUGUAAUCUUAGUCAAAUAAAAUAUAAACAUGGUAAUAUGAAUAAAAUUGUAGAAGAAAAAAAAA